AUGGCUAACGAAAUUCAGCAAAAGGAAGGUACGGAAACGAAGGAUGAGAUGAAAGAAGACGGGGCGGAUCGGAGAACCCUGGCAACGGAGACUGAAACGAUGGAGGAAGUCGCUAGCGAAACGAAAUCUCAUGGAAGAAAAUAUCUCACGAAACACAUGAAAUUGUAUCCGGAAUUGUACAGGAGCGAUGUUUCCAUUCAUCCUAGUUACACGACACUUAAGAAUCUACCUUAUUACGUGGUCUGUCGGCGACGUAUACAACGGACCAAGAAGCAAAUCAAACGUCAGCUUUUUUUUCAUUUCGCGAAUAUGCAAAUGUUCGCCAUCGAUAGCGUCAGGAUCGACCGUGUUUUCAGCCUUGGGAUGCCGCCGAAGACAUUGAUUGUCCCGGAUUUCCUAACUGUGAACGAAAGACGUCGCAUCAACGACAUUCUUUGUCACGUUUAA